AUGCCUGCUAGAGCAGUUAGACGAACACCCGAAGAACAACGAAUUUUUCAAGAAGCUAAACGUCUUCGAGAUAGAGAAAAUUUAUGUCACAGACGUCAAGCAGCUCGAGACCGAUUGAGGGUACGAACUACAGGAAUAGACGAAGAUUACUUAGGACCAAUGAAUGUACUAUGUUCACAUUGCAAUGCUAAACAUUUUCAAGAUGAAAAGAUUUCUAAUAAAGGUUUAUCAUUCAGUGACUGUUGUAGCCAUGGUUCUGCUUUAUUAGAUCCUUUACCUACAUUUCCUUCUGAACUUCAAUCACUAUUCACAGGCAACAAUCCGAAAUCAAACUUAUUUAUAAAAGACAUUAGAUCCUACAACAAUUCAUUAGCUUUUGCUUCUUUAAAUGCCAACUUAUUUAAUUUUACACCUAAUCGUCCUGGACCUUUUUGUUUCAAAAUACAAGGUCAAAUUUAUUACCAGAUAAAUACAGCAUUGUACCCGAAUGAAGGAGAAAAUCCAUCGUUCGGACAACUUUUUAUAGUCGAUCAAUUAGAAGCAUUAAAUUAUCGUUUAAGUAACAAUUCUACAUUAGAUUUUGAACUUUUAAAAUCUUUGGAUACAAUUAUACGUGAAAAUAAUAUUUUUGCUCAAUCUUAUGAAAUGAUGAGAGUUGAAAUUGAAAGACAACAAGCAUUAGAAGAUCGAAGAAGAUACAAUUUCCAACGCGUUAACGAAGUUGCUGCUGUAUUUUCAACAACAGCAGACGGAGAAAUUCCAGAAUCGUAUGUAACGUUUAGAAACAAACGUACAAAAGAUUUAAAAUUUGUCAGCACAAUGAAUCCAAAUGUUGAACCUUGGAUAUAUCCGUUAUUUUACCCAUAUGGUACUCAAGGAUGGCAUAAAGAUAUAUUGCGGGUUAAUAGUGUCAAACGCGUCUCCAGAAUGGCAUAUUAUAGGCAUCGAAUGGCCAUAAGACUAGAUGAAUUUAAUCCUUUCAUUAUUGGUGGUAGAUUAUUUCAACAAUGGGUAGUUGAUAGUUACGUUAAAGUUGAAAAAGACCGAAUCCAAUAUUGUAAAGAUCAUCAAAAAGAAUUGAAAGCUGAUACUUACAAAAGACUCAGUGAUUACAUGCAAAAUACAGCUGAAGAAGUUGGCGGACAAGUAGGUAAAACCGUUAUUCUUCCAUCGUCGUUUACUGGAUCACCACGUUAUAUGCAGCAAUGUUAUCAAGAUGCUAUGGCCUUGGUAAAUGAAAAAGAAAAUCUUUUACCUGGUCAACAAACUUCUGAUAGACCAGAUAUUGUAGCACGAAUAUUUCACUUAAAGAAAGAACGAAUAAUUGAUUUAAUUGUUAAAAAAAAAUUUUUUGGUGAAGUGGCUGCUUAUGUUUAUGUAAUAGAAUUCCAAAAACGAGGUUUACCACACAUGCAUUUAUUGAUAACAUUAGCAAAUGGUUAUAAGUGGACCACUCCUGAAAUUGUUGAUAAAUUUAUAUCAGCUGAAUUUCCAAUUAAAGAAAAUAAUCCACAAUUAUAUGAUAUUAUUCUAAAACACAUGGUCCAUGGUCCAUGUGAUGAUUGGUGUAUGGAAAACGACAAAUGUUCUAAGAAUUUUCCAAAAAGUUUUCAAGAUGAAAUUACUAUGGAUGAAAAUGGUUUUCCUAAUUAUCGUCGAAGAAACACAGGCUAUACACAUCAACGAUCUAAUGGUCAUCAAGUUGAUAAUAGGUGGAUAGUACCUCAUUGUUCGCAUAUAUCAGAAUUGUUCGAUUGCCACAUAAAUGUUGAAGCAGUAUCGAGUAUUAUGGCUGUAAAAUAUUUAUAUAAAUACAUAUACAAAGGUCAUGAUGCUGCAACAGUUGUUAUUCAAGAUUCUGAAAAUAGUGUAUCGAUUUAUCACGAUGAGAUUUACCGAUUUAUAAAUACUCGAUAUGUUGGUCCUGUUGAAUCAGUUUAUCGUUUAUUAAGUAAAACAUUACAAGAUAAAAGCCAUACUAUUAUAAGAUUACCUAUACAUUUACCCAAUCAUCAAUCCAUCAUUAUUUCAUAUAACCCUGUAACAUUAGAAACCCUGAAUAGUGCAAGUAGUAUGUUGUUAGAUUACUUCAAACUAAAUCUCGAAAAUGAAAUUGCAAGACAAUAUUACUAUUCCGAAAUUCCACAACAUUUUACACAUAUAAAGAAAAAAAAUGGCAAUAUAAGUAAAUGGAGUACUAGAAAGAAACACUUUAAUGUCAUUGGGCGCAUGUAUUCUAUCAGUCCAACCCAAUUAGAAUUAUUUCAUUUAAGAAUGCUAUUAUUGCAUGUAAAGGGAGCUGUAAGUUUUGAAAGCUUGAGAACCGUUGAGAACACAGUACACCCCACUUUCGUCGCAGCUUGCCUAGCGUUAGGACUGAUCGAAAAUGACGAAGAAUGGAAACUAGCACUAGAAGAAGGAACUAAAUGGAUGAUGCCACAAAGACUGCGUCAUUUAUUUGUCCGAAUUCUCAUACAUUGCCAACCACUUAAUCCAGAAGAGCUGUGGAAUCAUUUCAAAAAUCCAAUGUCAGAAGAUUUUUCUCGUCACCACGAAGAAAGUAUAAGUCACAGAUUAGCCUAUUCUUACAUCAAUACCUUACUUAACAACGAAGGUCGUAGUUUAGCUGAUUUUCCUACAAUGGACCAAACAGUCGAUAUCGAAUUUUUGAUUCCAGAUCAAUCGAACGAAAAUAAUCCUUCAAAUGUUAACAGAACUGACAUAUCUUUAGAACAAAUGGCAAAUAUAGGACAGCAACGUUAUAAUACAUUAAAUCCUCAACAAAAAGAAAUAGUUGACAUAGUUUUCGAAGCGGCUCACAAUUUACAUUAUACAGGUCCUAGGUGCAUUUACAUGGAUGGUCCAGGAGGAUCGGGAAAAACGUACGUUUAUGAAACUAUAUAUUAUAAAUUAACUUCAGAGAACAUUAAAAUAUGUUCAAUGGCAUUUACCGGCAUUGCAGCUACAUUACUUCCAAAUGGAAAGACUGUACAUAAAACUUUUGGCUUACCAGUACCUCUGUUUCAAGAUUCUUCUUCUAAUAUCAAAGCACAAUCUCAAGAAGCUCAAAUAUUAAGAGAAACUGAUGUAUUUAUUUGGGAUGAAAUUUCAAUGGCUCCGAGAUACGCAUUAAAAAUCGUAAAUAAAACUUUACAAAAUUUUAUGGACAAUAAUUUGCCAUUUGGAGGAAAAAUUAUAAUAGUAGGAGGAGAUUUAAAGCAAUUGUUGCCAAUUAAAGUUCGAGGAACUCGAAGUGAAAUAUUAAGCCUUUGCGUUGUAUACAGUAAAGUUUGGAAAUACUUCACCAAAUUUUCACUAACUGCAAACAUAAGAGUUUUACCAAAUGAAAUAGAAUUUUCCAAAUUUUUAUUAGAUAUUGGCAAUGGAACAUUGAAUGAUCAAAAUGAUUGUGUAAAUCUUCCUGAACAUUGUAUACUUCCACCAACUUCUAACAUAAUUGAUGAUACAUUUGGUAUAUUAAUGAAAGAAAACAAGUUCCAAGAUAUGUGUAAAUGCGCUAUAUUAUCGGCUAGAAAUGUUGACGUAGACGACAUUAAUAAACAAAUUACUAACUUAUUAAAUAAAGAUUCUGAACGUAUAUACACUGCCAUCGAUGUCGUUGUUAAUAACAAUGGUGAAUUAGACGAUCUUAUUUUACCAGAACAUUUGCACAAUUUAAAUCCAACAAGUUUACCUCCUCAUGAAUUACGCUUAAGGCAAAAUUGUAUUAUAAUGCUCAUCAGAAAUAUCAGUAUUAAUGAAGGCGAUAAAACUAACGAAGUUGAAUUUUUAAAUCGCAUAACUUUGUAUUCUGAAAAUAAUUAUCCAUUUUCAUUUAAGAGAAGACAAUUUCCAAUCAAACUAGCUUUUGCAAUGACAAUCAAUAAAGCUCAAGGACAAACUUUUAAUAAAACGACUGUAGAUCUUAGAAGAGACGUAUUUAACCAUGGGCAACUUUAUGUUGCAAUGUCCAGAGUUCGAUCUUGGGAUUCUAUCAAAAUAUACUUAGGAAAUUAUGUACAGUUAAGAAAAGUUAAAAAUCUCGUGUACAAUGAAAACUAUACCAAAAAUAAUUCACAAUUUGCAAGUUAUCGAAAUUUCAAUAAAUUGAAGACUGUAAAUUAUUCUUGGUACUUACGUGCAAUAACAUGUCAAUGA